AUGAGGAAACCAUGCAGCCUUACUUUAUAUUCUCUCUUUGUGAUUUUCCUGAUCAUGUUUGUAGUCGUAAAUUCUCAAUUAACUGCUGAUUUCUACGCAAAAACAUGUCCAAAUGUCCUGAAAAUUGUUCGUAAAGAAGUUCAGAGCGCGAUCAAGAAUGAAAUGAGAAUGGCAGCUUCUUUGCGUCGCCUUCAUUUUCACGAUUGCUUCGUCAAUGGCUGUGAUGCAUCAGUGUUGCUGGAUGGGAAUAGUAACACAAGCGAAAAGUUUGCAGCAGCGAACUUGAACUCUGCAAGAGGUUUUGAAGUGAUAGAUAAGAUUAAGAAUGCUGUUGAAGAUGCAUGCAGUGGAGUUGUUUCCUGUGCUGAUAUACUUGCUAUAGCUGCUAGAGAUUCAGUCCUACUAAGUGGAGGACCAACAUGGAAAGUGCAAUUGGGAAGAAGGGAUGGAUUAGCUGCUAACAUAUCAGGAGCAAGCACUGCACUUCCAGCUCCUAUUGACCCGCUCAAUACUAUCAUUUCAAAGUUCCAAGAUGUUGGACUCAACAUUACUGAUGUUGUCAGCUUAUCAGGUGCUCAUACAAUUGGGCUGGCAAAGUGUGCAACCUUUGAUAACAGAUUAAUAAACUUCAGUGGAUCAGGUGGACCAGACACAACCCUAGACAGCAGCCUAGUGAGUGAACUCCAGAAUUUGUGCCCUUCCACUAGUGAUGGAAACAACACUGCAUCUCUUGACAGGAACUCCACUGACGUAUUUGACAAUCACUAUUUCAAGAACUUGCUCAAUGGAAGAGGUCUUCUUGAAUCUGACCAAAUCUUGUAUUCUAGUGAUGCUGCCCUAGCUACAACAAAAACCUUGGUUGAAACUUAUAGUAAUAGCUCUAGUCUAUUCUUUAGUGACUUUGUUAAUUCCAUGAUUAAGAUGGGAAAUAUUAGCCCUCUCACUGGAUCAGAUGGGGAGAUCAGAAAGAAUUGUAGGGUAAUUAGUUGA